UUUGCCAUUUUAUAAGAUCUGCACUGCAGUCGCUGGAUUUCAGCAGGGAAUCUCUACUGACAUACAUUUAUUUGCGAAAUCGACGUUUUAAUUUUGCAGGUUAGUUUGUAAAAUGAUGUUAAUGUUAAUUUACUAACGCCUGGAUAAUAUACUAGAAUUCAUAAGCUUGCCAUUGCAAUUGUCUCCAUGGAUAAAUAAUCGGUGACCGAAACCAGGCGAAUUAGCCUAUUUUGUUUGCACCAUUGAAGGCAUGUCUGCAACACACCCACAAGAAUAUCCGAGCGCCUGCAGGAAGCUUUAACAACAGUCCCCGAGGGCUUGUUUGAUUCGAUAUUGGGGAGCGCCCGCCAGGGCGCUUGCGGACUUCACGGGAGAGAGCGCGUGCGUAAAGUCUAUGGGUUUGGAGAGCCCGGGAUCUGGAUUGGAUAAAAUCUCUUUCCUCGACAGUGGAUUAAUACAAAUCUCCCAGACGCUGGUUUGCAUGCGAGAUCAAAGAUGAAAAACCCUUACCUGGUGCUUUUUAUUGUGUCCAUAAUUAUGCCAACACAGCAAGAGGUUAUCGAGGACGUUCUUACAAGCAUAAGAAAAGGAGUUACUUACUUGGAAAAACAAUCCAAAAACAUUAACCUCGAUGGAGUUGUUGGAUAUAAAAUUCUUCAUGCUCAACUUGUGGAAUCCGUUCGGGCAUGGCCCAGAGAUCUUGACAGCCUUGCCCAGCGCUCCACAGCAUCCACCCUAGUCAAGAAGCUAGGUAACAGCCUGAACCUGGCCAUCAAAGCUCUACAGGAGUCAGAACCCAAAUAUUACAGAGAGUUUGAACCCUUGAUGGUUACAUCAUUCUGGUCCUUACCUCACGACUGGGGCACCACAGACCCCUCCCUGGUGUACAGCACUCGAAGGCUCACUGAAUGUUAUGAUGAGCAGCUGAGUGACAAAUGCAUGACCCUGCUGUUGGGCACAUGGAAAGAUAAUGGAACCCCGUGCAUUAUUACGAAGCUGUGCCGAGACACCAUGACGAGGUUUGGCUGCCCCCACUACUCCCUGUCCCACCAGCUGCUGUACUUCAUGAUUGGGGAAAUGAACGGUUGCACCAAGAUGCUGAAGGGAGAGAUGAGGCCGUCCAGAGUGAACAUGACUGUGCAGCACUACCAGAGGAUUUUCUGCUCCAACAUGAUGAAGAGCAACCAAGAGAUCUUCAAGAACGGCUUCACCGGUCAAACACAGGACAUCUUCAUGGAAAACAUCCUGCUGUGCGGUCUGGCUGGCUUCUCUGAUUUCUACAAUCUGGAGUGGCUGGAGCACAUACUGCUGUGGCAGGACCCUCAAGAUGGCUGUUUUGGAAAAGAGUAUGACUUCUCAUUUGGCUUCCCGGAGGAACAUUUAGAGCCACCACCACAACCUCACAAAAGAGUCAAGAGGAGGGAGAAGAAGCUUCGAGAUGGAUGCUCGAGUCACAUGACAGGGGUGGCUGUGAGUGCUCUGGGCGGCUACCUGAACUUCUACCUGUCGGAACAGGACAUCACCAAGAGGCCGCUGUAAUGAUCACCGGGCAAACAACACUCACCGCAUUCGUGAUGGCACAGAAACGUUCAAAACCGGGCAGGUUGAUGCACCGCACCUGCAUACUACAUCACAAUUUUCUAAUAUCCAGAACACAUUGUAAUUUUUCAGCGUGCAUCUGUGCUGUGCGGAUUUGGUCGUUUCUGUACCACCACGAAUGCAGUGACUGACUUGACACGGUCAUCAUCACCAUACUACAACCUCCUGCUGACUAUGCAUGAAGACACCACUUUCCUAUUCAUUAUGAUUCCUAUUCAUUAUGAAUAUAUCAGAGCAGGACAUCACAAAGACACCAAUUUCCACUCUCCUCAAGGUUUUAAAGUCUCCUUAUCUCACACCGUCCCUUUGUAGUCUCCCACCACACUCUUCCCACCA